ACGAAAAGAAACCUUCCUCUGAAAACGCAUUUUCCUUUUCUCCGGCUUCCACCUCGGUAAAAACGCCUCAUUUUCUCCUCCCGCUCCCCGACUGGGCAAAACCUCUCCAUAAAUCACGCUCCAGCGCCGCCGGCAGCUGUGCAACAGCGGUGAAGUCACCCCCAACUAUUCGGCAGCGCAACGGCAGAAUCUACCUCCCGAUCCCCUGCUAGAAGACUUGAACAAAUUCGGAGAUGCAUUCCUUUGGAUUCAGAGCCAAUGCUGUUCUGACGUUUGGGAUCACCAUCCUCGCGCUCAUCUGCGCCAUGGCCUCCAUCUCUGAUAACUUCAAUUCUCCCCGUCCGUCUUCCGAAAUCCAGAUAUUGAACAUCAAUUGGUUUCAGAAACAGCCUCACGGGAAUGAUGAGGUAAGGAUUUCAACAGCUGCCUUUGUGUUAGCUUCUGUAUUCUGGGUUUUCUGCCUUGAUCGUUCAUAUACCUUCCACUGUAUUUCACAUGCUCCCCAAUGUUUGCUCUUUCACAUAAAAUAUCCAAUUGAUUCUGGGGAGAUAAAAUUUUCUUUCUCGAUGCAGGUCAGUCUUACGAUGAACAUAACAGCAGAUCUGCAGUCACUCUUUACAUGGAAUACAAAGCAGGUUUUCGUAUUUGUAGCUGCUGAAUAUGAAACCCCAAAGAACGCAUUGAACCAGGUUUCACUUUGGGACGCUAUAAUCCCAGCCAAAGAGCACGCGAAGUUCUGGGUUCAGACAGCGAACAAGUAUCGGUUUGUUGAUCAGGGAAGCAAUCUCCGGGGUAAGGAUUUCAACCUGACAUUGCAUUGGCAUGUCAUGCCCAAGACUGGCAAGAUGUUUGCCAACAAGCUAGUCAUUCCAGGGUACCGCCUCCCAGAAGAGUACAGAUAGAACUUCCCCCCUAGUUUUUAGCGAACUGAGAGUUGAUACACAUUGUCGGCUGGUUCAAUUCUUUGAUGUUUUCAUGGCCAGUUUAUAGUUUCUGAACUUGACAAACUACAGUAUUAGUCCCAAGCUGGGCAAUCUUUCUCCGGAUCAGUCAGCUGGUUUGAAAAGCAAGAGAAAUGGCCAUGUUCACUCAGGCUGCUUAACGUUGAAAGUUAACGAUCUUGGCACUUUAUGGCUCUGGAAAGUGAAAUCUUUUAAGGGGUUAAGGGGUUAAUUGCAUGGUUGGUCACUGAUAUUAUAAAAAUUAUUCAUGUUUGGUCACUGAAAAUAUUUAGGAUAAUGUCUAUUU